AUGCGGGCCCAGAACAUGACCACCCUCGCGGAGCCCCCGCCCGUGCUGGACGCCAGGAUGGCGCAGCACAUGGACAGGAUGUUCCCCGAGGGGAAGGCUGCGGGGGCUUGCGCGAAGCUGCUGGCGGCGGCGCAGUAUUUCGCCCCCGCCUACGGCUGUCGGGCGGAGGCCGUCUUGCCUCGCGCCGUGAGGGGCCUCCACGGGUGGCGCGGGCAUGUGCCGAGCCGCGCGCGACGGCCGCUCCCGCGGUGCGCGGCGGCUGGGAUCGCGACCGCCCAGAUGCGCAAGCACCGCGUCGAGCGCGCGCCGCGCUGGCUGCUGAUGAUGGAUGCGCACCUCCGGCAUGGCGAGCUCCUCGCCCUCCGACCUAGCCAGUUUCUCGAGCCGACCUCCCAGCGGCACAUGGUCGACCCGGCCAUCAUCCUGCGCCCAGCGGAGGACGGCGUGCCCGGCAAGACGGGCACUGCGGACGAGAGUUCGCCGGCGAACCAGCAGCGGCUCGCGAACGUGCGGAGAUGCGAGAAGAGGGCGCGCAUCCAAGACGUGUUCAACGGCCUGAGAAAGGGCGCCCGUAGCUUCUGCCUGGCCAGCAAGGAGAGCAUCGAGGUCGAGUUGGCGCGUCUCGUCGGCCAGCUCCGAGGCGCCGACCCGUCAGGUGUCAAGUGGACCAGACGAGCGGCGGCCUACCCGCGCGCCCUGGCCACGAAGCUAGUCACCUUGUUCGUGGACACCGCUUUCCAGAAGGAGUAUGAGAAACGCGUUGUGGUGGCGUGCACAGGCUGCUGCGGUGGCCGGGCACUCUGCAUGCCGUGGUGCUCGCACGCCACCACGCUGCCCGCAGGCGGUGGGAUCCUCGUGGGCGUCCCCGUGUUUCUCGACCACAGGGCGCGGAGCUGGGGGGACAAGGUGACCCGCCCAAGGUGGCUGCGCGCUUGUCUGGCUGCCUCGAGGGCGCGGAUUAGGCGGCACGGGCACGCGAUGGUCAUCCGGUGGAAGCCGACUCUGCGCGAGGUGCCGCGGGUAGUGAAGAAGUGCCCCAAAGCGGCCGCCGAGCACCUGCAGUGCUUGCACGAGAACGAGGGGAGGACCUUCAACUGGGAGAAGGAGCUCAUGAUGCUGGAGUACCUGCUGAGCCCUGAGAACUUUUCUCAUGUGCUUAUCCUGGACGCAGCCACGUGA